GAGGGUGUCCCGGGCAGAGCCCAGUGCGGGGGUCCCUGCGGUCCUCCCGCUGGUGGAGGCAGAUCCGCCCCCAGCUCUGCAGGGAGGGGGGUGCGAGGUGACCCCCCCACGGGGGUGAUGCCGGGCGGGGAGGGUCAUUACCGGGUAGCUGGUUAUUAGCGGGCGGGAGGUGGGUUAUUACCUGUACGCUGGUCAUUCCCGGGCGCUGAAUUCCCGGGGUGGGGGUCAUUCCCGAGCGGUGGGUCAGUGUCGGUGUGGGGGUCAUUCCCAGGCGCUGAAUUCCCGGAGUGGGGGCCAUUCCCAGGCGGUGAUUCCCGGGGUGGGGGUCAUUCCCGAGCGGUGGGUCAUUCCCAAGGCCGGCUGUGGGUUGCAGAGCUCCCGUCCGUGGGGCCGGACAGGCGCAUCCUCCCCAUGCGGGCAGGAGCCGGAGCUGGGCCAUGAGCAACGCCACGGCCCCCACAGCCCCGGGCGCCGCGGGGGACUCGCUGGUGGGCUCCGUGCUGGGGCCCUUCCUCUUCUUCACCCUCCUCGGCGCCCUCCUGGCCGCGGUGAUGUACGUGAAGAAGAAGCGCAGGUCCGACCGGCUCCGGCACCGGCUGCUGCCCAUGUACAGCUACGACCCGGCCGAAGAGCCGCCUGAGUCGGAGCAGGAGCUGCUGGUGGAGGCUGAGGAGGCUCAGGUGGUGCCCGGCUGGGGGAGACCCUCACCCCCUCGUCCCCCGCGCAGGGACUGGAGGGCCUGACUCUGCCUGGAGCACCGGGACCGGAUCCUGCCCGCGGGAAGGGAGGGACGAUGCUCUCAGCACUGGUACCAUCAGCCAGGACGUGCCCGCAGUGGUGCCACAAUUCCACAGCCACUACCCCCACCUGAGCACUGACCAGGACCAGACAUCUCCCACCUCAGUGCCUGGUUUUCCUUUUUUUUUUUUUUUUAAUUUUUUCUUUCCUUUUCUUGGACUUCGCCAGCAGCCCCUUGGAAAGCUCCAGGAGGGCCCACUGGGACUGGCAAGGAGCAGCAGGCUCUGCCAGCACGGGAUGCCUGGGGGAAGACAGGGUAAAUAAACGUGUUUCUGCCUUG